CCGAGGUGCAUGAUUCUUACCGUUAGUGAAUUUUUUCUUUUUGUCAGUUUGGGGCCUCUCCCAGGCCCUGAACUGAUUCCUUGUCAAAUUUCAAUUCUUACCCAGAAACAAACACACACGCAAAUACAAAACACCACAGCGAAAUUUUCCAAUACCCGAAAACCACCCAAAAUCACAGUCCUGCCGCCGAUUAGGAUUACGGUUAGGGUUGGGGUUUUCCAAAAUGCCGAAGAAUUGCUGCCACGUAUGCUUAGCUUUCGUGCUCAAAUUCCUCAACUUUCUUCAAGCUUUCGUCGGCGUCGCGAUCAUUGUCUACUCGGCGUGGAUGCUUGAUCAGUGGAACCAUCACAUUCCGGUGUUCCCACCGCCCUCCGCGCCUUCCCCGGACUCUCCUUUCUCACUUUCGUUGGGCUCCGACGCCGGCGCGGCUUCCGAUCAGAUCACGCCGUUGGAUUUUGCAGUCCGGUUGGUGUCUGGGGUCGAUGACGGCAUGGGGUUUCAAUUGAAUGCAGUGAAGCUCCCUGCUCCUUGGUUCAUCUACUCUUUUAUGGGAGUGGGGGCUUUGCUCUGUUGCAUUACUUUCAUAGGUUGUAUCGCAGCUGAAUCAAUCAACGGCUGCUGCCUGUGUUUCUACAGUCUGCUCAUAACGGUACUAACUCUAGUGGAAGCAGCUCUGGUAGCGUUCAUAGCAAUUGAUCACCAUUGGGACAAGGAUCUUCCACUUGACCCAACUGGUGAACUUGACAGUCUUCGAUCUUUUAUUGAAGAGAACAUUGACAUCUGUAAGUGCGUUGGGAUAGCUGUUAUUGGAAUACAGGCUUUAUCUCUGCUACUAGCAAUAAUUCUACGAGGCAUGAUAUCUACUCAUAAACCUGACUAUGAUGUUGAAGAUGAGUACGAUGCUAGGAGUAGAACUUGGGAACCACUGCUAAAUCAACAGUCAAGCCAAGCAUCUGGAUCAACCAAGGGUGAUGGUAGAGGGACUCACUCUGACAUUUGGAGCUCACGAAUAAGAGAUAAGUAUGGAUUGAGCUCUGGUGAUAAAUACAAUUCUGUAAAUCAGAAUGCAUCAAUGAGUAUGAAAUCCAGGCAGUGAAGAUACAUAAAGGUUUUUCAUUGAUAUUUGACUGUAUAUCAUCAUUCUCUCGUUUCUAAUGUUUUCUGCU